AUGCCCAGCAUGCUUUACACUCACGCUACCAUCAUUACGGUGGAUAGCACCCGUCGGAUCAUUGAAGAUGGAGCCAUCCGCGUGCAAGACAAUCUGAUCACUGACCUCGGAAAGUCCGCUGUGCUGAAGGGUCGGCACCCAGACGAGGAUGAAGUCGAUCUGUCCGGUCGCAUCAUCAUUCCUGGCUUAAUCUCCACCCACAUGCACACGGCUCAGACCCUGCUGCGCGGCACGGCGGAUGAUCUGGAGCUGGUAUCGUGGUUGUGCGAGCGGAUCUGGGUGCUGCAGGGCAACUUCACCGAGGCAGACGGGUAUGCGGCGGCACGGCUCAGUAUUGGAGAGAUGCUGAAAUCAGGCACGACCUGUUUUCUGGAGAGCAUGUUUGCCGAUCGCUAUGGCUUCGACGGCCUGGCUCGUGCUGUUGAAGAGUCCGGCAUCCGGGGCUGUCUGGGCAAAAUUGUCAUGGACAUUGGCGGAUAUGCCAAAAAGGGUGCAUGGGCCAUGCAUCCUGGUCUUGUGGAGGACCGCGAGACCUCCCUGGGUGGAACGAUGAGGAUGUGGGAGAAGUGGAACGGCGCUGCCAAUGAUCGCAUUCGCGUGUGGUUCGGGGCACGAACUCCUGGCGGGGUAUCCGAUGGCUUGUACCGCGAGAUGACUUCCUUGUCUCGGGAAUGGGAUAUCCCAAUCACCAUGCACUGCGCCGAAGUCAAGGCUGAUCGGGACUUCUUCCACUCCAAGUCGCACACGCCGAUGUCCUACUGCAACUCGGUCGACUUACUCGGCCCCUCGACCGUGCUGGUCCACAUGGUGCAUCUGGACGAUUCCGACAUCCAGGCCCUCGCAGCCUCCGGCACGCAUGUGGCGCAUUGCCCGACUUCCAACGCCAAGCUGGCCUCGGGAAUUUGCCGUGUUCCUGACUUGCAGCACGCUGGUGUCAACAUUGGCCUGGGCACCGACGGAGCUCCCUGCAACAAUACCUGCGAUCUGUUGCAGGAGAUGAAGCUGGCGGCCAUCAUCCACAAGAGCAUCUCCUAUGAUCCGACUGCGGUCCCGGCCGAGUCUGUCCUCGAGAUGGCAACCAUCAACGGUGCCAAGGCGUUGGGCUUGGCAGACAGCAUUGGGAGCUUGGAGAUCGGCAAGAAGGCCGACUUUGUGGCUCUCGAUGUGCGUGGAAUCCACAACCAGCCCUGGCACAACCCUGUGAGCGCCGUCGUCUACACUGCGACUGGUCGGGACGUUGAUGUGGUGGUGGUCGACGGUAAGAUCCUUGUUCAGAACGGUGAACUUUUGACCAUGAACGAGCAGGAGGUUGUCAAGGAGGCCCAGCAACGCAGUCGUGAGGUGGUCGAGCGCGCGGGCCUCUCCCACAAAGUGAAGAGUCGCUGGCCUGUUGAAUGA